UAUUACAGCGAGAUUAUGGCCACCUUAGACUCCCAAGUAUUCGAUAUUAUUGUUGUGGGUGGUGGCACAGCGGGCUGUGUGGUAGCGUCAAGACUACAACAGCGCAAGCCAACUCUCUCCAUUUUGGUCCUCGAAGCUGGAGAAGAUCUAUCCAAGAACCCUGAUGUGUACUCUCCACAAGUUGGAGUACAGCUUUUGGGCUCGGAUGCAGAUUGGAAAUAUAGCAGUGUACCCCAAGCCAAUUUAAACGGAAGAUCCAUAUACUACCAGGCUGGAAAAGGACUGUCUGGUAGUGCGGCAGUGAACACUGGCGGAUGGGUUCGUGGAGAUGCGCAAGACUACGACGAGUGGGCGCGUCUGGUAUCAGAUCAACGCUGGAGCUAUCAAGGUUUACUGCCUUACUUCAGGAGAACCGAGCACCACUACGAUGAGAACGACGAUCGCCUACAACAUGGGUUUGAGGGACCUAUUCACACCUCCUCUGUGUCGUCAAGUGGCCGCCAAUACCCGCUGCGAGAGAUAUCGUGUAAAGCUUGGUCCAGUAUAGGGCUGAAAGUUGUUGACGACGCAAACAACGGCCACCCCCAAGGCAUUGCCGAGUUGGUUAGCAACUGGGCUGACGGUAGACGACAAUUGCCAAGUGAAGUUUAUCCACAGAACGGGGUAAAGUUUCUAACUGGCGUACUUGUCAGGCGGAUAGUUCUCGAUCACAGCCAGAAUGCUACCGGCGUCGAAAUGGCAGAUGGCAAGACAUAUUCGGUCAGGGUCGGGGGAGAAGUGAUUGUUUCUGCAGGUGCCUUACGAACUCCACAGGUACUAUUACUGUCUGGAAUUGGAAACACAAAGGAACUUUCCAAGUAUGAUAUCCCAGUGAACAUCCACCUUCCUGAAGUUGGGCACAACCUCCAUGACCACCUCAUGGUCUUUCGAUAUUGGAAGCUUCGGGAGCCAGAGAAGGGCGUCGCGCUUGGGUCGCCGCUUUUUGACGGACCGAACUUCGAGAAAGGGGUACCCCCAGAAGACUGGUUGGUGACCACAACUGUCCCUUCGGCCGGCCUACAGUCUGCCUUGGAAAAGGAUGAAGGUGGUUCCGUCGGGCCCAGCCACCCUCUAGUUGCAGGCCCUCGGAGUCAUUUAGAACUAGCCACCAUAUAUGCGGCGUUUGGAGGGGAAGUGGUUGGACUCGACAUUCCAAUGGAUGGUACAGCGAUCAUGAACUUCUACAUGAUCUGUCUACCAACGUCCCGCGGCAAUGUUUCUCUCAACUCGAGUGAUCCUGCUGACGCCCCGGUGAUCGAUCCCAAAUUCUGUGGCACAGAAACCGAUCGAUACGUUAUGAGGGAAGGGUGGAGGCUACUGUCUAAGCUUAUGUUCGAAACCCCAGAAGGCACGAAUCUCGUUGCGGGGGAGAUUGUCCCUCAAGGCCAUGAGCCGCUUGCAUCAGAUGCCCCUGAUCACCUCAUUGACGCGCGUGUGCGCAUGGGCGGUAUGACGGCCCCUCAUCCUGCAGGUACUGCAAGCAUGGGUACCGUUGUCGAUAGCUCCUUGCGCGUUCGAGGAGCACGGAAUGUGCGAGUAGUGGAUGCCAGUGUGAUUCCAGUGCCCCUAGCAUCUCAUUACCAAGCCGCUGUUUACGCUAUUGCCGAGCAGGCUGCCGAUAUCAUUCUUGAAGAAAACCAAACCUUAUAG